UUUAACCUGGGCGGGUCCCAGUUCCGUGGGAGGAUCACAGUUUAACACAGAUGAAGACUUCUCCACGCUGCUUUCAAACUGUGAGUAAACACCGUGUGCUUCACUUGGAGGCUGUCUGAAGGUAUACACAGAUGGACUUGGACAUUAACAACGAUAUUCCGUAAUAAGUCUGGAAACAAUAGCUGGUUUAAAUGAUUUAUUCGAGCAACUCGUUUGUCUUGUUGUAGUCCUCGCAGUUCGCGUCCGGAUAUCGCCAUCGUAAUCACAACCUCACACACUGGUACUGGAUGUGCAUCAACGUGUUCCUAAGAAGCCAAAUAUACCAAAAGAUGUAUGUAAACGACAGAAGAAAGCGAUCGAAAUGUGUAUUUCAGUCGAAAGCCACGCACCCCACGGAAACGAGUUGAUUGGGGAAACAAGUUGAUCGGGAAACAAGUUAAUCCGGAACACCUGCUGUGCCCAUGCUGCAGGAUAUGAAGUGGAAAGCUGCAGCAUUGAGACUUCAAUGAUACUCCUCAGUGAGAGAUGACGGACUCUGAGGUGUCUCUGCUGCUGCACUGUGCCGCCUGGAGGGGUCUGCUGCAGGCCCAGGUACAGGUGGAGCUCUCUGAAAGAUUCAACAGGCAGACGGAUCCGGCUGUAGAUCGUCACAUAGAGGAGGUGUGGACAGAGCGAGUGUCCAAAGAGCCGUGGCUUUUCAACGGGUCAAAAUUCAGACUCCACUCUUUCUGCUUGUCAUCGUCCUCUGUUUCUCACCCAGCCUGCACUCCUCCCCCACACACCCCCUCCUCAGACCGAGCCGAGGAGCAGCAGGGUGAUACACCACACAGCAGACAGAGAAUGGAGAAGUCAUGUAUCACACAUUCACUGCAUGACGCUGCUCAGAGCAGUUUGGACAGAAGGAGCAGAGCUGUGAAUCAGGUAGAAAGUGCAGAUAGUGUCAGUGCACUGUCACCAGCUUCCUCCACGUUCAGUAAAAACGCAGAUGACCCCGAGCCCCUCCUCACUCUGAGACUCGGCCUCACAUGCUACAAAGACUACUUGGGAACCAACUGGUCGUGUCGGGUGGCAGAGCUGCGUAAGCGCGGAGAGGCGGAGUUCGGGGACGCUCUGGCGCUGCUGGCUCAGCCUCUGGGCGUGGGCGGGGUCCUGUGUACAGCCGACGGACAGGUGGUGCUGAUCAGGAGGAGCCAGAAGGUGGCGGAGGCCGGGGGACUGCUGGACAUCCCCGGGGGGCACCCAGAGCCGAAGGUGGUGUGUGCGUGGCUGGGCCAGGCGGUGUGUGAGGAGCAGAUCAGCGUGGACAUGAUGCAGCAGAGGCCCGUCGUCUCAGAGCUGUUCUCGUCUGUGUGCGCCGAGAUCAGAGACGAGGUGAAUAUUCCUCUGAGCUCCCUCGGAGAGCCGGUCCUGAUGGGUAUCGCUCUGAAUCACACCAGCGCCGGCAGACCUAGUGCUGAGUUCUACGUCAGUUGCUCGUUGACAUCUGAUGAAGUAAGAAAGUUGUACUGGAAAGGAGGAGCGGAGGCCCAUGAGUCCACAGAUAUUGUCUUCCUUGGCAGAACUGAGGUGUUGCAGCUGGACAUCAGCAGCCCUCUGUGGGCGGAGCUGUGUCCUUCAGCUAAAGGAGCCGUGCUGCUGUAUCAGACGGUGAGGCCUGACAGCGCUCGAGGACAGAGACAACCGGACGCUCAGCCGAUCGCAUCGGAAAAGAGAUCCAGAUGAUUAAGUGUACAGAUCAAAAAACAAACUUUUUAGAGUAUUUAUUGUUACUCUGACUUAAGGCACUCUGAACAACACUGGUGUUAAAAAUGUGCAAAAUACAGUUGUUUUUUAAAAAAGCACAAUGUUUUUAGAAUAUUUUCAAUAAAAACUCCUAAAAAGUGACCUGGUUGUCAAUAUUAAAAUUAUAAAAUGCUACAACACUGAUUAUCCUUGAUUUGUCAAAGCACCGAGUGCAAUGUGUACUGUAAUCUGAAGUAUUGUGUAUAAUAUAAUUUGCUGGUGUAUUUAGCCCUUUUUAUUUGUAUUCAAAUGACAUCCCUAAUUGUCCGUGUAAACACUUGUAGUGCAUCGGCCUCUGUUUCCUCUUGCUCCAGGUUUCUUCAGCAGUAACCUCCAUAUCCGCUGUCUCUGUCAUAAGAGCCCCGCUGCUGAUAAGGCCCACUCCACUGAAAGAAGCGCCUGAGCCUGUUCCUGAGGCAGCUCCACGUACUGCAGCUCCUCCUGAAGCUGGCUCUCCUGCUCUGGAAGUCUGAACAUCACUGGAGGCAAGAAAACAAGUUUAAGAUGUAGAAGCAAGACGGAAAUGAGGCGCUUGUGAUGUUCAGUCUGGAUUGGACCAAUUCAGAAUCAGAAUACCUUUAUUCGUCCCACAGAGAGGAAAUGUACAAUGAGUUUAAAGCCUCUUGUCUUAUUUCUGAAAUCAUCACGCAAUUGUGAUUAAUAGUGCUAUUAGCUUGCUGAAAGGCCGCCAUGUUACUACAGGUGCAUGUUUCCCUUUGUGUGCAGCAAAUUGAUUUUGACUUCAGUAAAAAUGUUGCCAACAUUCACUGAAAAAAAGGGGAAAUGUUGGCAUUGAAUUACAUAAGUACAUAAUAAUGUAGACUCCGUUUUGGUCCUUUUCCCUUGAUUCUCUAAGUGACGUUUGGGUGGCUUGAAAGAUAUAAGAAGAUGAAUGAAAUGCAAAUAUUAUUCAUUCAAAAGUUUUCAUCCGAAAUGAAACGCCUUUCAUAUUUGCACCAGUUGGACCCACGUCUCGGGAUACAUUACCACAGAACUAUCCUGUUGUUAUAGUUAUACUUCUACUACUGCUGAAAAAGUCCCACCUUGCAGUUUGAGCAGGGGGGUUUCAGGGAUCUGCUCCCCCCCGCUCGUCCGGUGCAGAGACAGUCGUCUUUUCCACUCGUCCGCCGAGGGGACGACCACCACCACCCGGCGCCUGAAGCCUGUGAACAGCUGCAGCUUGUAGCGACGUGCAGAGAAGAGGAUGUUGCUCUGGAAACACAGAUGACAAAGAGAAAAAUGGAUAACUGAGAUGAUGAGGUGGAACUAAAUGUACUGAUAAGCCCAACGUUUCAGUGCUUCAAUGAAUGACAAUUGCACAUACCUAUGACUGCAAUAACCAAUGAAAAAAAUAAUGAAGUAAAAUAAAUAUAAAUGUCUUGGAAAA